AGCCACUGUGCCUCAGUCAUGUCCGCUCCCCCGGGCGCGCCGAGUCUGCCCCUACCCAAUGCGCCGCCUGAGCUAAUGGGCACCUUGCCCGGUGCCAUGGGCACCGUGCCCGCGCCCUUCACGCUGCCAGGGACGCUGCCGACGCUGCCAGGGCCUCCGGGGGGCAUGCCGGGCAUGCCGCCGAUGCCGCCGGGCUUGCCGUUCGGCCUGCCGCCGGUGCCGCCAGGCAUGCCCAUGGUGCCGCCACCCCCAGGGGUCGGAGGCCCGGGAGUUCCCAUGAAUCUGCUCAUGGGCAUGCCCUCCAUGCCCGGCAUGAGCAUGCCAAUGCCCGGCAUGCCCAGCAUCCCGGGGCUGUUGCCUAUGGGCCAUUUGCCCCCCUUGCUGGUCGUGAAGCCACAGACGGAGAAGAAGAAGGACCCGCCCAGAAGGAAAGAUGUGUGGCCAGUCUUUGUGGGCAAUAUCUCCUUUGACACUACAGAGGAGGAGGUGCGAGAGCUGUUUGGGGAGAUCGAUGGCAUGGUAUCAUGGAGGCUUUCAGUGCAAAAGGACGGUGUCUCUAGAGGAUUCGGCUUUGCCGAGUUCAAGACUCCGGAAGGUGCUUUGGAGGCCAUCAAGAAGGUAGAUGGCGUCGAAAUCAAAAGUAGGAAGCUUCGACUUCGCUGGGGAGAGAAUGCUCCGACUACUCCCGAAGUGGAUGACUUCCAUCGGGCGCCGGAGCGUUUUAAGACCCGGCCUUGCUACGAGGUCUUCAAGGGAAUGGCGUGCCCCAGGGGCGACUGCCCCUACGCGCACGCGCAGUCAGAGAUCCGUCACCCCCGGGAUGAGGAGAAGGAGAAGCCCGUGGAUCCAAGGGAUCUGGUGGUGAGGGUUCACAUUCCGAUCGAAAAGUUCCAGGGCGACAGUGAGGAGGCCAAGCAGAAGGCAGCCUACACUGGGAUUUUAGGGCCUGGGGCGUCGAACGUCCGGGCCAUCAUGAAGAAGGCGAGCUGCCGCUUGCUGCUGCGGGGCCUGGGCGCCCCGGGCGUGGAGCAGGAGCCGCUGCACCUCAUCGUGAAGCCCAAGGUGGAGGGGGACUUGGUGACCCAGGAGCAGACGGAGAUCGUCCGGCGGGCGGUGGACGACAUCCUGGAGAAUGGGAAGCUCCCGGAUGCGAUCGAGAUAGAGAAAGUCAAGGCGAAGGCUUUGCCAGAGCCAGAAAAGCCGAUCGAAAAGGAGAAGCCGCGGAAGCGGCCCGAGAAGAAGCGCUCGCCGUCUCGCUCGCGGUCACGUUCCCGGCGACGGCAGCCCCGGCGGCGGAAGCGCAGUGAGCCCCGGGAGACUCGGGAGGAGCGAGAAGCUGCCUGGAACAGACCGCCCGCAUGGGAGGCUCCGCCUGGCCACCACCCUGGGCACCCCCCACCUCACUGGGGUUACCCGCCCAGCCCAUACCCGCCUCCCUUGCGGCCGCCGGCGGGUUGGAUGGGCGCGGGCUGAGUUCCCGUUGGAGAGUAUGUGAGAGAUCCA